UGUUGACAAUUAAACCCUAAUGUGGUUUUGAUUAUUUUCUUUUCAAUUCAAUUCUAUUUCUUUAGGCGAUUGGUUGUUUGGGAAUUGCGUCGGGCGAUGUUGUGCAUAAAAAUAAACUAACAAAAUUAAAGAUAGUAAAUUAAAUUUCAAGUUCUAAUGACGUGCAUUUGUGAUUGCUAACUAAAUAAAGCAAAUGUAUAUUUAUGAACGUAACGCGAAAACCGAUAAAAGUGAACAAAGGCACGAAAACGUUGUGACGACUGAAAGUUUUUUAAGUGAAGUUUUUGUGAAGAAAUUUAAAUAAAUUAAACAAGAAAAGACUGACAAUAAUUGCAUACAAUUUCCAUAGUAUUGUUUGGUGUAAUAAUAGCAACCUAACUGUUGGCGAAGAACACUGGGGUCAACUAUACAACUACUGGUUCAUUGUCACAACUUUUCAGGAUACCCUUUUAGGAAGCGUACGAGGAUUUGACAGCAAAAUGGCAGCGGAAGGUUUGCGUCAAUGUCUGCUGCUAUGGAGUGUCGACUAUUGGAAUCUAGAAGUUAUGGCUGACAGUGCUUUCAAGUCGCGUGACAUUGGCUUGCGUGCCCAGAAGAAGAUCCUCUCGCGCAUGGCCACCAAGAAUAUAGCGAAAACAUUUAUUGACGGCACAACCGCAUCGCUUCUUGAUAAUUUAUAUCGCCUUUGUAAAAUGCAUACGGGCAACAAAGUUAAAGCGGAGAAGCUGAUAAAAAAUAUAAUAAAAAUUGUUAUCAAAAUUGGUGUCCUACAUCGAAAUAAUCAAUUCAGUGCCGACGAACUAAAGGAUGCGGAUGUCUUUAAGCGGAAGUUUCAAAAUACACAACUUGCAGUGAUUUCCUUCUAUGAAGUAGAUUACAGCUUCGACCUGCCGUAUCUGCAAAAGUCCAUUGCUGAAUCACAUGCCGCCCUCAAGUCAAUUGUCCAACGACAUCUCACCGAUAAGUCACUAAAUCGCAUCGAUGAAGUCUUCGACUUUUUUGGUGAUACCUUACUCUUAGAGACCGCCUUCAAACCCAAUUCACAAUAUCGUGAAUUAAUGGGCAAAAUUGUCAGCGAUAUAAAUACUGCCAUGGAAACAGGAGACAUGUAAGUAAGCGUGCGCCAUAUGUAUGCUCACUAAAUUUGUAUUAGGGACACAUUGACACGCUUACAAACUCAUCUCCUCGUUUUGUCUCGUCUCGUCCAAAGGACUGCAAAGUACUUUAAACACGGCAAAAAAGCGAAGAAGUGAACGCAAAUGAAAGGCUUAAAUGGAAUUUAGGUCAUUAGUAUGGAACAAGAAACCAAAAAUAAUAUAUAUAUAAUAAUAAUAAAAUAAAUUACAGCACUUUUAUCAAAUACGCUUGUCUUAAAUAUUAUAAAAAACAAAAAAGCAACACAAAAUAAAUAAUGAUGAACGUUACGCUAAAUAUAUUCACGCUAGCAAAUAAUAGCGGAUGUGGCAGACGUUAAUGAUGUAUGUAUUGUAUGUAUUUAUUUAUGAA